GAGAACGAGACUUUCUCUUGGAGUAGUCCGAAUCUUAAACCAGUGUCACGGGAUUAAGUCGGUUAACUCCCUUCUCCAACUAUCUGUCAACUGUUAGUCUGUCAUAUCCUUGAGCUCCACCCAAGUCCGUUGCAGUUGCAGUUGCAGUUCCCAUGGUAAUGGCAAGCACCUACGCCAUCUCCGGCAUUCCAUCUCCCAAAGCAUUCGGACAUUCACACUCCGAUUCCCGCAACUUUUUUCUCUCCUCAAAUCGCUCGACCUCGCUUCAUUCUCAUCGCCCAUUCCCUAAUUCCAACCUCAAUUCAAAAUUUCUAUCACCACCAUUGUCAUUUUCGUCGUCAUCAAUGGCUUCCACUAUCCGAGUAACCUCUUCCUCCGCCGCAGUCGGAACAUCGUCAUCAUCUGUGGUAGUUGGUGACAGUGAUUUGUUGAUUGUUGGACCUGGUGUUCUCGGCCGCUUAGUAGCUCAACAGUGGAGUCAGGAUCAUUCGGGGUGUCAAGUUUAUGGGAAGACUGCGACAACAGAUCAUCAUGAUGAAUUGAUAAACAUUGGAAUAAUUCCUUUACUGAAGGAAACUACGCUGCCCUGCCAGUUUCCCUAUGUUAUUUUCUGUGCUCCUCCAUCAAGAAGUCCAGAUUAUGCAGCGGAUGUUAGGGAAGCAGCAUCAAGUUGGAAUGGUGAAGGAUCCUUUGUUUUCACAUCAAGCUCUGCACUAGUUGACUGCACUGACAACGGGAGUUGUAAUGAGGAAACCCCUGCUGUACCAAUGGGAAAGAGACCUAGAACUGAUGUCCUUCUAAAAGCAGAGAACGUUGUUCUGGAUUAUGGUGGUUGUGUUCUUCGAUUGGCGGGACUCUACAAAGCUGAUAGAGGUGCCCACACUUACUGGUUGAAGCAAGGAAAGAGUGACCUUCGGGCAGAUCACUUUGUCAACCUUAUUCACUAUGAAGAUGCAGCAUCACUAGCAAUUGCAAUCUUGAAAAAGAAUUUACGUGCAAAGGUCUUCCUGGGUUGUGACAAUCAUCCUUUGUCAAGGAAAGAAAUUAUGGAUCUGGUUAAUAAGAGUGGAAAAUUCAGUGAUAAGUUUGAGGGUUUUACAGGUGCCGACGAUUCUCUUGGUAAAAGAUUGAAUAAUUCAAAAACGCGUGCCGAAAUUGGUUGGGAACCAAGAUACCCGAGCUUUGCUGAAUUUCUUGAAGUUAUGUAAAUGGUCAUCAUAGACAAGUGCAUGAUUAUGAAGCAGUUCCUUUUUGCCCCUGUUGAUCACUAUAUCCAGUUGAUUGGUUACUUUCCUUUGUGUAAAAUGUAUUAUUGGACUUGAAAAUUUGAAAUAUGCAACUGACCGUAGUUUGUUGA